AAUACAAGUUAUCAAUACCAGAUAGUAGCAUUGAACUACAUUCCAAUAUACCCCAAAACAUGGGUCAUAGAAUCCUGCUUCUCUCACUACUUUACCUUUUCGCCGUUCUUUACCACUCUUCACAACCCUCAGCUUCUUCUUCUUCUUCUUCUUCUCACAACAAUUUCAUACGUUGUCUCCUCAAUCAUUCCCAACCCUCACACCCCAUAAACUCAGAAAUUUUAACCCCAAACAAUGCCUCUUUCUCUUCAGUCCUACAAGCCUACAUCAGAAACCUCCGUUUCAACAAUUCCUAUACCAGAAAACCAUACCUUAUACUCACUCCCUCACAUGUCUCCCAUGUCCAGGCAGCCAUUAUUUGUGCCCAAAAGCACAACUUACAGAUGAAGAUCCGAAGUGGAGGUCACGACUAUGAGGGCGUGUCAUACAGAUCCGAGACCCCUUUCUUCAUCCUUGACAUGUUCAACCUCCGGUCCAUCCACGUCGAUAUAGAGUCCGAGACGGCUUCGGUUCAAACCGGCGCGACUCUCGGCGAGCUCUACUAUAGAAUAGCAGAGAAGAGUAAAAUCCAUGGCUUCCCAGCUGGUGUUUGUCCCACAGUUGGUGUAGGAGGACAUAUAAGUGGUGGUGGUUAUGGAAAUAUGAUAAGAAAAUAUGGUCUGUCGGUUGACAACGUUGUUGAUGCAGAAAUAGUCGAUGUUCAUGGAAGAUUGCUGGACAGAAAAUCCAUGGGCGAAGAUCUAUUCUGGGCUAUUACAGGUGGCGGAGGAGCUAGUUUCGGAGUGGUAAUUUCGUACAAAUUGAACCUCGUACGAGUCCCUGAGGUUGUCACUGUGUUCGAAGUUGCUAGAACGCUUGAGCAAAAUGCUACAGAUACAUUAUACAAGUGGCAACAUGUUGCUACGAGUAUUGAUAAUGAACUUUUCAUUAGGGUUAUUAUCGAAGUGGUUGAUAAUGAUACUCAAAGUGAUCAGAAGCAAAAGACAGUGAAGGUAACAUUCAUAGCCUUGUUCCUUGGUGACUCAAAAAGGCUAGUUUCUAUGAUGAACCAGAGCUUCCCUGAAUUGGGUUUGAAGCAAUCUGAUUGUAUAGAAACAAGCUGGGUUAGAUCGGUGUUUUUUUGGUCAAACAUGAAAAUUACAACGCCGGUGGAGAUUUUACUUGAUAGAACAGCUUAUUCAGUGUACUAUUUGAAGAGGAAGUCAGAUUUCGUAAAGGAAGCAAUUUCUAAAGAAGGAUUUGAAGAGAUAUGGAAGAAGAUGAUUGAGUUGAAGCACUCAGUUAUGUAUUUCAAUCCUUAUGGUGGACGAAUGGCUGAGAUUCCGGCAACCGCAACUCCUUUCCCUCACCGAGCUGGGCAUUUAUGGAAGAUACAAUACCAAGCGAACUGGCACGAGGAAGGGAAAGAGGUAGCAGAUUACCACAUAAGACAGAUCAGAAAACUUUACAAGUUCAUGACUCCAUACGUGUCCAAGAAUCCUCGAGUAGCAUUCUUGAACUAUAAGGAUCUUGACUUGGGAAUCAACCAGCACAGUGGUAAUAGCUACCAACAAGGCAGAGUUUAUGGAAUCAAGUACUUCAAAGACAACUUUCACAGGUUGGCUCAAAUCAAGACCAAGUUUGAUCCUUCCAAUUUCUUUCGCAGUGAACAAAGCAUCCCUGUACUACGAUGCCAGCAAAUUUCAAGGGAUAUAUUUACACAUAUACAUAGCCAUCGAAUGACCUCAUAGAGGCUUAUCUAUCAUGCAUGUGUAUCAUUUAUUAUUUCAUUGUAUGUUAUGGAUCGAAGAAACUGCUUCGAUAAUAUUAAUAAUGAAUAAUCUGUCCUUAUAAUUCAUAAAGGGACAGGGGUUCAGAUUAA